GAAACAAUUAUUGACUGUUGUUGACUGUACAGUGGUGAGUCGAUUUUUAGCACCACUUGUUAAGUUGGUUGGUUGGUUGGUUCAACCUCGUGUUGAUAAAUAUACACAUUCCCAUUUCAUAGCUCUUGAUUAUCCUUGAGUAUUGUUUUACAUCGCCACAAAUCUACACAUCAGUAACAUUUCAAGAUGACUUCCUGUUGUGGAGCUGCGGUGAUCCUGAUUGCCAUUUUUUCAUCAAUAUUCUAUUUGACAACACCAUAUUAUGAGCCAACAAUUAGUGAUGUAGGAUGGGCUGCAUGGUAUGCUGCAAAAGACACAGUCACUAGUGUUGUUGAUAAGUUUUUAGGAUCUGGUCAUGUAAAAGAUCCAACACUAAAUUGUCAGGAAUGGAAAGAUGAUUCAGGCUCAAGCAUUUAUUGUUUCACUCACAAGAAACCACAUGAAAAUGAUUUCAUGUUUUCAUAUGCUGGUUGUGCUGCAUGUGUAUUUCUUUUAUUUGGUGUUCUUUCAAACAACAAGUUACUUGUGUUACUUGGAUUUCUUGGAAAAUUGGCAGUUGAUAUUGCUUGGCCAAUGAUGAUUAUCAACGACAAAUAUGACUCAUCAUCUUUUGGAAUUUAUUUCAUACAACAUUUAACUAGCAGAGAAGCAAUACCUUCAUUGUGGUUUUUCCAUAUUUGUGUCAAAUCAAUUUCUUGUAUUGUUAUAUUGUCAUUCAUCUCGACAAUGAGCAGUAAAAAUGCACCAAGACGAAGUCCUAAUUACAAUUACGUUCCAUAAGAAAAAGAAGAGUAAAAAUUUUUCAUGUGUUGGUCAUUAAUUGACUUCACACUUUACUCUAAUACUUUACUUUAUUAUUUGAAUAAUCAUUCCAAAAAAAAAAAUACAAAUCAUUCCAAUGAAAAUAAUAAACAUUCCAACGAAUUAUUCAUAAUUAUAUUAUUAAUAUUAACAAUUUUUUUUUCUUCUUUAUUUAUAUAUCUUGGUGAUAUAAUUUUCUAAUUAUAUAUAAAUAAUUAUUAAUAAUAACUAAUGUUAAACUUAUUUUUUCGAUACAAAAAAUAAAAAGUUGAAAAUGUUAUUU